GAUGAUGGCGGAGCCGCGUCGGGUACCGUUCAUUAGUCUGUCACCCGUGAGGCGACGAGAAGGUGAGUCUCCGGUGCUAGAGCGAGAGACUGGAGGGGGCCGCGAGGCAGAGCAGCCAUUAGCGCGUGAGGGCCUGAAAUUACCAGAUCAGCAGGAGCACCACCACCACCACCACCACUAUGAUAACAGUCGGGUAGAGCCGCCAUCGCAACCCUUCGAAUCUUGUCCUCGGCCAGAGUCUCACCCUGUGUCAUUACCGCGGGAGAUCAGUCGGCCUGAGCUGAUACCAAAGCCACCGCAGCCGCCACCCCACCGAGAGUCCCCAAGGCCAGAAGCACCGCCGCUGUCGUCUCAUCAGCAUCUAAAUCAAGACAACAACCGACAGGAACCGCCGCCGCCACCACUGGAUCAGACGAUUCGCUUUGAGUUGAUCUUGAAAGAUCCCACGGAGGAGAGCUGCGUGGAAUUCAGCUAUCCCGAGUUGCUAUGGAGUGGCAAGGCCCGGAAAAAAUCACUCAUUGAAGACCCAUUUGAUAAUGAAGAGCAUGAAAGGCAUGAAGUGGAAAUUCUGGCUAAGAAAUUUGAAACAAAAUAUGGUGGAAAGAUCCACAAACAUCGGAAGGACCGAGCUCAAGAUCUGAUAGAUAUGGGCUCUGGUUAUGAUGUAAAUGACCCUUUCAUCGAUAAUUCAGAAGCUUAUGAUGAACUAGUUCCUGCAUCCUUGACAACUAUAUAUGGAGGCUUCUACAUUAAUACUGGAAUUCUGCAAUUCCGCCAAGCAUCUGAUUCUGAAGAGGAGGAUUUUACAGGAAGCAAAAAGCAUAAACCACCUAAAUUAAGUAAAUUAAAAGAUGGUGACGACCGCAGCAUGAAGAAACGAAAGCGAAAAGAGGAAGAGGCAGAGAAGGAGAAAAAGUCUCGGAAAAUUAAAGUUACUAAGCAGUUGGGGGUAAUAGCAUUAAAUUCACACAAAUCUGAAAAGAAGAAGAAAAAAUUAUACAAGGAUUCUUUUUCACUGGCUGCUAUGAUCCGAAAAUUUCAGAAAGAGAAAGAAGCCUUUAAAAAAAAGGAGGUUAACCUGAAUCCCACAGUAGCAGCUACCUGUUCUACACCCAGUAAACUUCCUGUUGCUCCUGCCAUUGUUGGUAAUGAUAUGUCCGACUUGAAUCUCAGCAUUACAGAUCCAGUCCUUUCUAUUUUUGGCAGCAGUAAUGAACGUGAGCUCCUGCAGGAAGCUGAAAGUGCCCUGGAGAUGAUGGGAGACAUUGAUUUUGAUAGGUUGCUUGAUAGUACCUCUAAUGGAAGCCCGGUAUCUGAGCCUUUAGGAGAAAAUGGAAGUGUCACCCAGCCCCCCCACACUGCUGAGAUCCUGACACUGAAACAAGUGCCUGCCCUCCCAGAAGGUCUGCCAGGACAUCUAGAAAAGCGUAUUGAAGACCUUAGAAUUGCUGCCAAGCUCUUUGAUGAAGAAGGCAGAAAGAAAUUCUUUACACAGGACAUGAAUAAUAUCUUGCUUGAUAUUGAAAUGCAGCUGCAAGAAUUGAAUCCUACUUUCCGUAAUGGCGUGUAUUCCCAUCUUGAAGCUUUUGUGCCAUGCAAUAAAGACACAUUGAUAAAGCGUUUGAAGAAAUUGCAUUUCAAUGUCCAGGAUGAUCGCUUGAAGGAACCAUUGCAAAAAUUGAAGUUGGCUAUCAGCUGUGUCAUGCCUGAACAACUAUUCAAAUACCAGGAAGAUUGCCAGGCACACAGUCAAGCCAAGAAUGCCAAAAUACAAGCAGAAGAUGAGCGAGACAAGAAUGGUUCAGAAGAGGAAGAUGACGAGAAACCAGGAAAGAGGAUUGCAGGUCCAAGAAAAAAGUUCUACUGGGAUGAGACAGUGAGGACUUUGCUGUGUAAUCUUGUCAAGAUAAAGCUGGAUUGCUAUGAACUAGAGCCAAAUAAAAGUCAAUCUGCAGAAGAUUACCUCAAGACAUUUAUGGAGACAGAGGUGAAGCCUCUUUGGCCAAAAGGUUGGAUGCAAGCUAGGAUGCUCUUUAAAGAAAGCCGAAGUGUUCAUAAUCAUCUUACAUCUGCUCUAACAAAGAAGAAGGUGAUUCUGGCACCUAAACCCAAAGGAAAGGACUCUAGUCCAAAGAAGGAGCAGAGAGCAUGUCCCCCUUUUGCUUCAGCUUGUGUUCCUGCUUCAAGUACUAGCACACCUAUCAAUGCUGUAACCAGUUGUAUUUCAGCUCCAGAGACAAUUUGCCUAGAUGAUUCACUAGAUGAAGAUCUGUCAUUUAAUCCGCCUUCACUGGAUUCUGUUUCUGAUGCUCUGGCUGCUAUUAAUAAUGGAGUCAAGAGUUCUUCUGUUGUGUCCCCUGUGGACACAUGUGCUUCAAGACCUCGGACAGGGCUAAGAGAAGAGAAGUUGGCAAGCAUAAUGAGCAAAUUGCCUCUGUCAUCCUCAAAAAAGAUAGAGGCUGUUCAAACACAACAUUCAUCAAGUCUUAUAGCUGGACACACAGGACCGGUACCAAAGAAAUCCCAGGAUUUGCUUCAGACUGGUAUCUCUUCAGGCCUUAUUGCUGGAUCUUCAAUUCAAAAUCCUAAGGUUUCCUUGGAACCAUUGCCUGCCAAGCUUCUGCAGCAAGGGUUACAGAGGUCAAGUCAAAUACAAGCUGCUUCUUCCCAGACCCAUAUUUCUUCCUCCUGUAAAGGGCAAGCUACAGCUUCUCCUACUUCACAAAGGCCAAAGGAUACAGUUGUGCUUGUAACCUCCUCAGAAGUCCAAAACUGUGGCUCCUCAACAGUACAAGUGGCAAAAGUUCACCAGCAGUCCAUUGCCCAACAAAAAUAUGUGUCUCCUCUGCAAGUUACUAUUAGUAAAUCUCAAACCAAUCCUGUGGUAAAAUUAAGUAGCAAUCCCAAACUUGCCUGUUCUUCCCCAGUAACCAAGACUUCAGAUAAACCAGUAGUAUACCGCCUUCCUUUGUCUAAUGCCACUUCUGGGAGUUCCCAAAUGGUCCACCCACUUGUGUCUCGGACAACAUCCAGCACCUCUACCUCUAGUAAUUAUUUGGCCAAGGCCAUGGUAUCACACAUUUCUGCCCAGGGUUUCAAGCCUCCUUUCUCCAUGGUUCCCUCUCCUAAGCCAGCUGCCUCUCCCAAACCCCCAGCACCCAAGCCUUCUCUAACAUCCAAACCUACUGCAUCUCUUAAACUUCCCUCAUCUAAGACCACCUCUACAACCAAGCCCACAUCCUCCUCCAGUUCUUCCAGUCCAAGUACACUAAUAACCCAGAACAGUCACCCCAACAAUUCCCUUCAUAAACAGUCCAGUGGAGUAAGUGUCAACCGACAAUCUUCCACAAUAAAUUUACUUUCUUCUAACCGAACCUCAGGCCUUCAACCAGCAAAGAAUCCUCAAGCCCUUUCUAAAUUAUCCAGUUCCUCUGCCUCUGGAACUUCUGGCAAAAAUAACAUGAGUGGAGUUGGAUUAAAUGUACCUAUCAAUAGGGGAAGCGGCUUAAAUUCAAGUGGGGCUAGUAGGACUAAUCCCUCUGGAGCAGCAGGAAGUGGAGCACAGGGUGCUACUAAACAGUUAUCAACUCCACAUAGACCAUCUUCUGCCUCAGGGUCUACAGUUAUACCAGCCAGUGUACAGUCAACAACAGGUGCAUCAUUACUGGCAAAUGCUUCACCUUUGACUCUCAUGGCAUCACCAUUGUCUGUAACCAGUCAGAAUGUGACAUCUACUCCAUUGACUCCUUUUGGGAUGCUGGGAAGUCUUGUUCCAGUGACUAUGCCCUUUCAGUUUCCAUUGGAGCUUCUUAGCUUUGGAACAGAUACGGCUGGAGUGACAACCACCUCGGGAUCUACCUCAGCAGCUUUCCACCAUAGUCUAACUCAGAAUUUAUUGAAGGGUUUACAGUCAGGAGCUCAGCAUUCAGCAGCACUGUCUCAUACACCUCUGCCUGCUCAUUUGCAGCAAGCUUAUCCAGCAGCUUCUUCUGGGAACAGGGUGUUCAUAAAAACAUACAACAUAGCUGACAUUGUUGAUUCCUAGUCCCAUUGCCUGUCCUCAACAAUAUCUCUGAAUGCCAUUGUAAGUUGCUUAUCUUGUUAUGUCUCCAAUAUAGAAAAUAAUUUUUCUUUCCCAUGAAAAUGCAUUUAUUCUUAAAUUUUUAUUUCAAAGUCUUCGUAUUCAAAAGCAAAUAUUCCAACUUUUUCUGUGUUCAUAGUCUGUUUAAAACUUUCUACAGUCAAAAUUUGUCUUGUUUUUUGAGAUUUUAUUUUGAAUUCUUAAAUAAAUAAAAUAAAUUUUAUAAAGAUAAAAUUUAAUUUCUUAUAUUAAAGAUUUAAGGCACUCAGUAAAUGUUUCUAGCCUUGCCAUUUUGUAAGUGCCUUAACUUUUUAAAAAGAGUCAGUUUGAUCUAGUGGUUAAGAAAUCAGGCUAGUAACCUGAAGACCGUGAGUUUUAGUCCCACCUGAGGUACAAAGCCAGCUGGGUGAUCUUGGAUCAGUCAUAUCUCUCAGUCAUAGGAAAGAGGCAUUGGCAAACAACUUCUGAAAAAUUUUCUCAGACUUGUCCAGGCAGUCAUUGAGAAUUAGACACAAUUGAGUAAAAGGAAAAAAAAAAAAAAAAACAAUUAAAGCAGUUAAUAGACAAUUUCCAAAUGUGACUUGGAAGUGUGAACUUUGUGUCUAUUGAAGGCUUUCUAUUGCAGCUGGGCCAAAAGUAACACACACUAAUUUCUCAUUUCUCCCCUCCUUCAGAAACUGUUACCUUGGCGUCUCCUUGCGAGGAGCAGCCAUAUGGAACACAGCGUGGGCAAUCUUGCAUCCUCUCUUUCUCCAAAGAGGAUCAAAAGACUCAAUCUACUUGUCAGCUCCUUGUUCUCAGGCACAGUUGUCAGACUUCCAGUGAAGAAAUGGUUGCUUUAGAAUGCUUUAAAGGAAACAGACUAUCUGGAUCCCUUUAGUCAUGUUUCCAAUUUGGACAUGGAAUGAAAACAGUGUUAACUGCACUGAUUAAUUACCUUUGUUGGGCCCUAGAUGGAAAAUGUGUACUUCUUCUGAUCCUAUUAUGCAUUGAUAGGCUUCAGUACCAUUAACCAUGGUAUCCUGAUAGACUGCCUUUGGAGAUUGGAGGAUUUUAUGUUGUUCCAUUCCUUCCUGAGCAAACCAGUUGUGGGGGAAAAGAGACUGGUCUGAUAGCCUCUUACGUGCUCCAGGGUCCACUUCUCUGUGUUCUUUAAUACUUACUUGAAGGCAUUGGGAGUUCAUCAAUUUGGGGUGUGAUGUCAUCAAUACUUUGAUUAUUCCCAAUCAUACAUCACUUUCCUGGGCUGUGUUAGCAAUACUGUCUGGUUGAAGUCUUUUCUAAGUGUUUGAACUCAACCAAGACAUACCGGUAGUUGCUAUUUUUUCAAGGCUUUCACCCACAUGGCUGUUUCUUGGAAAUAUAACACUGGCUUUGAGAAACAGCAGAUCUGUGACUCGGUUCUCUUGGACUCAUGGGUGAGAAAUGGGGACUACAGUGUAUCAAUUGCUUGGAAGAGUUUCACAAUGGUAACUCAUGAUGUCAUCAAUACUUGGUUAAACUACUGCAAAGAACUGUUAGUGGGAAGUGGGAAAGGCCUCAAAGAUCAGGAAUGUUAGGAAGGCAAUGAUCGGAUAAAAAUAUCUUGAGCUCAGGUGAAGAAAGUAAGGUGAGAAAAAAAAAAUCCCCCCUCCCUAGUUCUCAUAGAGAUAGAGGGGAGGAGGAAACAGAUCAGAUUUGCAAGAUUUUUUUUUACUAUAGCUGUUACAGUAAGAGUAAUAUCUGCUUGAUAUUAAUUUUUGAGCCUGAUCUACCCUAUAGAACAGACAGGUACUUUAUAUGAGACUGCCUCUAAAAAUGAAAAAGGCAGCAAUCUGCCUGUUAACUGGCAAUAGAAGCCAGAAACCUGUGCUGUGGACCUAUUUUAAUUUCCUGUAAGUUUCUAGGUACAAUUUAAGGUACCUUUUUAAUCUAUAAAGCUUAACUUGGCUUGACACCAAGUUACCUUAAGAAACAUUUCCUUCAGAUAGAUAACAUGUACACUCUGGGAAAAAUUGCUUGCAAUUCUUUAUUUUUAUGAAGUUGGGGGGAAUAAAGCUGGGAGAAGUUGUUUCUUUUUCAUGACCUCCACUUUAUGAAAUAGGCUUCCCAUGAAAGUUAGAUUUACUUUGGUAUUAUUAAGCUUUCAAAAGUGAAUUAACUUAAGUAUUAAGAUGAUACUAUCAUGGGAUCUUUUAAAUGUUUCUUCAAUAUAGCUUGACUGUUGAUUGAUUGUGGCUAUCUGUGUGUUUGCUUGUUUAUAUAGGCUUUUUUUAACCAAGGAUGUUUAUUUUCUAUAUUUUGUGUACCACCAAAAGUCGCAUGAUUGCUUGGUAGAGAAAUUUAAUAAAUUAUCAUUUCUUUUUUAUGAAUUGCUUUCUCUUUUUCAUCCUCAAUUCUAGAUGGCCAAAGCAAAGUGGAUGCUAAGUUACAGAGGAAAACCCAGUGAUGUCCUGCUAAGGGAGUAAAUGUGGUUCUACUUUGCUGAUGGAGAAUGACCAGUUGGGAAAAUGCUUACAUGGACACAGAGCUGCUGUUUCUGUCAAUGUUUACAUAUUCUGAUCCUAAGCACUGUGGUGAGGACAAAAAAAAAAAAAAAUACUUGAUCAAAGAGAGAAGAAAAAGGAGGAAAGUGUUCUUAUAAAAAACUCAUAGUUUGAUUUUGUUUUCAGGACUGUUCUCAAAGCUUUUUAUCCCAAUUGUCUCAGAAAGGGUUGGCCAAACAGGUUCAGUUGUCAAACCUACAGCAACUCAAGCCUUUUUGCAGGCUGAUGUCUGGUAAAGAACUGUCAAAGGAAACUAAAAUAGACAUCUGUAUUCACCAUGCAAGUAAGGCCAACCAUUCGGUUCAGCCAUGUGGAGACCCCAGGGAAGUCUACAAGCUAUAGCAGUUAGAAACAUUCUCUGCGAGUUUGAAUAAGGUGAAGUAUAGAGGAGAAAAAGUGUUUAUAUCAGCAUAAAGGAAGUUCGCAUUUUCUGUACCCAAAAUCAAGGCUGCUUGUUUGCUCUUUGAAGAGCCUGAAGAUUAUACAUAAUUUAUUUUGAGUAAUAUUUUCCCUAGAUACUGUAACUGAUUAGGACAGAGAAUUUUGUAUUUCAGAUAAAGAUUUAAAAAAUGGAGGGUGUUUUGUAACCACACACAUUUCAGUGGAACUUAAAAUCUUCCUUUUAGUAUCAAAAAUGCAGAUAUAAGAUUAGCAUGAAUUGGCUUUAUCAGAGCAUACCUUUAUUUUCAGUAUCUUUAGCAGAAGGUUUAUUUUAUCACUUUUAGAUUUGCUGAACCAUUUCAGAGUUGCCUUAUUUUCCAUAUAUUAAUAGAAUGUAGAAAUAUUCCAUUUCUCUCCUUUGUGAAGAUAGUUCCGGAUUCUUCUUCCUCUUCUAUUGGCUUUGAGAAGAUAUGUGCUGUACUGAUUUCUUACAGCUUUUAAGUAAGACCUUUUAUCAGAACUGUUCAAAGCUCUCUCCAAAGAGUAUAGUUGAGGUGCCUUCUGUUUAGGCUUUAACAUUCUUAUUCCCAGUAUUCUUUAAAUCUGCUAAGCUGGGAGUUACUUGAUUUGUUGUUGCUUGAACAUACAACUUGUAGGCUGGCUUUGAUUUUGAAACCAAUAUGUUAGAGUCUAGGAAAGAAAUGUAGGAACUGCUUUGUAUUGCACUCAUUAAUUAAUGCAGAAGAAAUGUAUUUCAGGAUGUAAUUCUGGGAGAAAAAGUCAAAACAUUGGCACAUUAUGUUGUAAAAGUUUCAAUGGUGGUCAAGUCUAGAAAUCAUAGUUUAAUCCCCAAACUAAAGCCUUUUCUUUAAUUUAAAUCUGAUAUUUUAUUUUUUAGUAAGAGUUGGUUUUUAAACAUUCCUGGCGAUAUGGUCAUCAUCCAGCAAAAAUAUGUACAUAUGCCAGCAUGUUUAGCUGGAGGCUUCUUUGAUUCCAACCGCAAUCUCUUGCGCUGCUCUAAAGGGAAACCAUAUUUUAAAAAGACAACUAGCUGUAUCUAUUGAGUAGCAUUAAUUGCUACAGUUUGAAACUCAAUAAUAUAGUAUCUAUGGCUUCCUAUAGAAUUUUACUUCUUAUGUGCAUAUAGUUUUACUGUAUGGUGGCCAAGAUAACUCUUCUGCUGUUUUGUGACAGAUAUGUAUUUAGUUAUCAAGUUUACAAAGAUAUGUUAUUUCAUCUUACAAAGCCAGGUAGCUAAUCUUACUGAUUGAGAUUAUUACUUAUCAUAUUUGUAAAACGUGUAUAUUUAAAUAAUAUAUAAUAUAAACAUAGAAACUGAACGUUGGGUUGACCCUAUUUUUUAAAAAACUUGCACAAAAUAUGGAUUAAAAAUAGAGUCAAAUCAAUCUUGAAUAGAAGGUAAACAAAGGGCUUUUAAAAAGCAUAACUGUUUGAUAGUUUGGUAGAAGAAACUACAAAGUAUUUAGUUCAAAAUGUUUUUUACAUCUCCAAAGCAUUUGUUUCUUCUCCCUUCAAUAUUAAUUGGUUAAUUUUAUUCUCUUGAUUUACCUUCAUUUCAAGGUAAGGAAAAUAUUCUCCAUGAGCAUAUCCUACAAAUAGCCAAAUAUACAGUUCUUACUAAAGACUUACUGUUAUAUAAGUUGUUUCCUUUUGGCAACUCCAAAUCUGUGUAUUUAUGCAUGUACACACAUACACAUACAUAUAAAUAAAAAAUACAUUUGGAAGAAAACAGUUAAGAUAAAAAAAUUAUAUUUGGAACAAUGGUUUUAAAAGACAUAAAAAUAAAAAUCUCUUUAAAAAGGCAUACUGAGACCCUGACAUUCCAUAUUACAUUAUGAAAACUGAAUAUUAAGUAGUUAUUAACCUUUAAAUUUAGUUUUCCUUGAUAUACAAUGAUAGAAAGUGUGAAAGGUUAAACCAUUUUUAAAUAGGAAUUUACCUUUUGUUUCCACACAUUUUUUCCCUUUUAAAAAUAAUACACAGUACAGAAUAGAAUUAGUUAGGCAUCAAGUUUCUGAUUAUGUUUUUCCAUAAAUUUAAAGUAAAACAUUUGGUGGCAGAAAACGGUUUAUGUUUAUGUUAAAAGAGAGUGAAAAUGUUCUCAUAAAACCAAAUGACACAAAUGGCUUUCUUGUUGCUCUUCAAUAUUUCUAAUGUAGAAUUUAAUGAAAGCACAUUAAUUGAUUUGAAUUUAUGAUUCUUAUUACAUGGCAAUUGGGGCCUCUUUGUUUUGCUAAAUAUAUGAAGAGAGGUCAGCUCUUUUCAGCUUAAUAGUAAACUGGAGUAUUUGGAGACAUAAUGCCAUGAAAGAAGUGAUAGAAGACAAUUGCUAUUGAUGUACUCAAUAAAACAAGAUCUUUGUGAUUAGAAUAAAUCUAAAUGAUAACUUCAUGAGCUUCUCUACAAUGGAUAUAAGGACAUGAAGAAGAUAAUCAGAACUGAAAAGAGCAAAUAGAAUAUCAGCACCAUUACCAUGCAAGUGAGGUAUACUUCCUGCACAGCGAUUUUUAAUUUAGAUAUUUUCAACAGCCUAGUUUGUCUUAAAACGUAUUUGGAGAGUUAAAUAACUUUUAUGUUAAAUCUGUUCAGUAUUCACAAGCAAUAAAAGGUAAAGCUUUCAUUUCUGAAUUUAAAUUAUUUGAGACUUAGGGCUAAAAUAGUGAUCUUACACUGAGCCUCAAAUAUAAGCAAUAAUUUUGACAUACAGGUUUUGAAUUUCAGAAUCAUUUAAAUUAUGUGUUUCUUGUCCCAAUGGGAACAGUUAGCAAUUCCUUAGGUUAUCUUGGAUCUUUAUGAAGUAUGGAGAACAUGAACAAAGAAAUGUCUUAACAAUGCAUACUUCCAUCCCAAGGUAAUAUUUGAUGGCUUAAAAUCAUUCCUUUUUCAGCCUUUUACAUUGUCUUGUCUCCAGCAAGACAGAUGGGAAUGUUGAGUCAAAAUCUCAGGUGUGGGUGCUGUGGGUUUGACAUCUGUUUCCAUGAAAUUAGGGUUUAAUUUAUUCAAUAGGUUCUGAAUGGGGCAGAUAAUCAUGGUAUACUUCUUCAAACUCUUAGCUGACUAAUCCAACCUCCAUUUAACCUCUCCAUUUGAUCCAAAGCAGUUGAUAUGAAAAUAAUUCACAAAUCUCAAGCUACCAUCAGUUACAUUGAAUCAUAAUCAGAUGAUAGUUUGUUAGGACUCACAGUUAUUUACUAUGUUUGCUGCUACAUUCAUUAAAAUAUUUUGAUUAUAUUUAUAAAUAACAUUUAAAUCUAGUUUAUACAGUGAUUUUUAGAACUGUUUGCCCAGAAAAAAAUUAGGAUGUUAGUUUUUUGGAAUGUUGACAAAUGAUAUAAUUAUUACUCUUAUUUUUGAACUUUUCAGAAUAGUAGUGCAGGAAAAAAAAUCAUGAUAAAUUUUGGAAAGUUUUUUUUACCUAAGUAUCUUGUUAUGUUGGAGGACACAGAACACUUUUUAUUUUCCAAAAAGUUAACACCAAGUUUAAAAUAAUAAAUAGAUAUCAUAAAAUGUUUAUGCAAUUAUAAUUGUAUGACCUUUAGGUUUUUUUAUAUAUAUACUUUAGUUCUAUCGCUGAAUGGAGUUAAUUCUCCAAUUUACUUGAUUCAGGCUUUUGGUUAAGUGCCUUUUCUUUUUGUUCCCUCUUAUCCCCACAAAGUAUAUUCAGAAGUGUUUGGAGAUAUUUGGAAAGUCUUUGAUCCUGCCCAAAUGACUUUAUGUUGUUAAAAUAACUUUUACCCUUCUGUAAUUAGUGUUCAGUAUAUGUAAUGUUAUAACUGCUGUUGCAUAACUGUCAUUCUAUGUGCUUGUUCUUUGCACACAGCACUAUUUUCCUUAUGUUGAAUCUGUUUUUGUAGUAUUAAUGUUUACUUCUGAAAGUGAACUUUGGCACAAUUUAUAAACAGUGUAUUUGAGCAACUGUAAUGAAGUGGUUUAUAGUACACUAAGCCAUUUCCACUGGAGUUUCAGAUUGUAAUUUAAAAUUUCAGUCUGGAAAUUAUAAUACUAAACUGACCAUUCUAAAAUUUGGCAUUUUUCCCUGUAACAGAGAAAGAGCAGAAUAUUUCUUCACAUUAAAAAUGUUAUAAAUAAAUUAUAUUUGAAUGGUUACAGACUAGUAGACAAUGAAAUAUUUUAUAUUUCUUCAAUAAAAAUAUUUUCAUAUGGCCUAUCUCUGCUGCCUAAGAAGCCUACUGCUUCACCCUAGGAAGCUGCCUGUUGAUGGUGAUAGUGAUUCAGUCUUCUAAAUUAAAAUUUUAGUUUUCCAUGUACCAAAUACAGUGAGAGUUUCUUUGCAUUGCUCAGAUUCAUAUCUUUACAUAUUGUAAAACAAAAAUUUUCUAACAAAUUGGCUAAAUCAAAGAAUAGCAGUAUACUUUUAAGCAAAGAAUCAUAGCAAGAUUUCACUGUUUUUUUUACAAAAUCUGUUACAAAGAACUGUGACAAAUGUAAGAAUGCAACCUACCAAUCAAAAUAAGUAAUCAUACAUUUUUAAAAAAUUAUUAUAUUUGUAAAACUUUUAACUUUUUAAAACUAUAUUAUUACUAAGGUUCUACUGAUCUUUGAAACAAAUAUAAGUUGCAUUCUAUUUCAGAUCAAUUCUGAAUGGAUGGUUGAAUACUCAAAUAAUAUUGAAUACUGCUAGAAGUUAAAGUAUUAUCUUUUGUUCAGAUAAAGCAAUUUGGUAUGAUUGAGGAAUAUAAAGUAUUUUAUGUAAUUAGUAAACAUGUUUCUAAUUGCAGUGAUAGAUAAGAGAGGCGGUUGAAUUUCCUUCAAGAGUCUAAAGAAACUUCCUUAUAGCAAGAAAAUUCUUACUAGGAAGAAAGGGAUAAGUUGUCAUGCUGAAAUUUAUUGUAAACUAUAUAUUUGGUUUCCAGAAUUGAGUUUUUACAAUUUUGAACCAUUUGUUCCUAAUUUUUAAGAAUCAUUUUCUGAAUGCAUUUCUCAGGACACUAUUGCUUAGAGUUUUUUUUUUUCUUAUACCUUUUAACAAUUUUUAGAAGUUGGAGAAACUUAUGUUGACACUUGAAGAAAUCACUUAGAAUAAUCCAUUUAGAUAUGAAUUUGAUCUAGAUUUAAGCAUCUGGAAGAUGACUGGCAGAAGUGAAUGCCUCCAUAACAAUCAUUUCAGAUAUUGGAAAUAAUAUAGGUCAGGAUAAACUGUAAUAUGGAGAACUGAGGAAAGGAUACCUGAUGACCUAGAAGAACCUUCUGCAAACAACUCUUCUGCCAGCCCUCUUGCAGUUAUCUAAAUUUGAAUCCAUCACCAUAUGUAAAUAAUUACCAAUUGUUCUUUUAAUUGAAUUAUAUUUUCUUCAGCCAUGUCGGAAAACUAGGAUUCUCAUCACUUUCACCUGGGGCAAUUUUGGUACAAUGAAAUAUCUUUGUUCUACAUAACAAACACAUUUCUGGAGCUUUGUAUCCCAAUUAUAAUCUUUAAUCUUUGCAGUGCUCCUGAAACAAUAUAAGUAAUGUACAAUUUCUGUUACAAAAUUUUGCCUUUUACAAUACAUUUUAAUUUGGUGUGGUAAAAGGGAAAAUAUUUGAUUGUCUCGUCACACAUUGGAAUAGUUGGAAAAGCCAACUAAUUUAAAGUAAAGAUUGUAGGUAUGGCUCUCAGACCUUAGAGAUGGUUGGUCUUUAGUACAAUAGCAUUUUAUUUUCAGCACUGCCUUUCUCUGUAAUGCUUUCAUUUGAUUUUAGUACUUAGUACAACUGCUUAUUACAAAACUCUAUGUUUAGUAUGGCAGAUAUUUUCCCCUGGCUAUUGUUAAUAUCUACCCAAAGAAACAUGACAAAGCUUUUUGAAUGUGUGUAUUAUGAAAAUAUUUUUGUAAAAGUAAAAUUUAAAUAGCAGGAACAUUUUCACUAAUACAAUGAUAGGGUUCUGAGAGACUAAGAAAUUUUUAAAAUCUGAUGGUGCUAUCCUUUUAAUCAAACAUGCAGAUAUGGAAUAGAGAACAAUCUCCCAUUUGAAAUUAGUAAAUCUGUAAGUAAAUAAGUAAAUAUUUCACCUGUACAAAGAGGCUAGUUAGUUAAUUAGAUCUCCACCCAUAUGGAUUCUUCUUCAGAGAAGUGAUCUAAAUUUUUUUUCUUCCUUCUUUGGCACCUUUCAGCAACGGAUUGAAGAAUCCAGAGAUUUAAACAUCAUGUUAUGGAAGCUGGUGCACUUUUUUGCAUGUAUUUUCAGUCAAGAACAUUUACUUAAAAUAAUUUUAAUUUAAAUUGUUGAGCAGUGUUACAUAUUGGAUCCAUCUCUCAAACAUGUUUUAAUCAUAUUCAGUACCUAGGUAUCACAAUUUAAAAUUAAAAACAUAAUGUUAGGAUUUUCUAAGCUGUAAGAUAAAUUCUACAGUUGGAUAUUGAUGUGGUUAUAAAUCUGAAGCAUUACGCUGAACUUGUCAUUCUAGAAAAGAACAUGCUUUUCAUAAAUUGAUUCUAACAAUAGUGCAGUUAAAAAAGUCUAGAAAUUCUAUUUUAGUAUUUUUCUCCUGAUGGAAACAAUAUUUCUGAAUACUUUCUCAAUAUUCAGCAAAAAAAACCUUAAAAAAUAUCUAGUUAGCCAUAAAAAAACAAGGAGACUUCCUUAUUAAUUGACAGAAUUGAUCCACUGAUACUUAUGGAAUAUGGUUAUAGAUUUUCUAUGGACUUCUUUAAGGUACCUAUUUUUAUCAAGUAGUGGUGCUAAAAUUAUUCAUGCUGGUAAACAUAUCUGAAGCAGUUAUUCUGUUCUGUGUAUAGCUUGGCUCUAUCUUUGAACCUGAGUAUUUCUAAAAUUAGUGGAAGGUUUGAGCCAUCUGGGAAGAGUAUUUGUCUUCCUCAUGACAUGUUUUCCAUGCAACAAAUAUGUAGCUGCUCUCAGUAAGCGGGCUUGUAUAAUUAUACACAUUAUUUAGUUACUUGUGCCAACUGCUUUUUGACUUACUUUUUACAGAAAUGUGUUCUACCAACCUGAAAGAUUUAAAAGAAUGAAUUGAUCUUUUUCUCCUGUUUCAAUGAUUCCAAACACGAUGUUUGAAUUAUUAUUUUUUCCAUAAUAAUCUCAGGACCUGAAAGAUUGUAACAUAGUGUGUCUUAAAAGAUGUAUUGCACCAGCCAUGAAUUUUGUAAAUAACCCUUUCAUUCUCCUUUUUAUAAAUAUGUGUUUUAAAGUAUGUUAGGCUCUUUAUCAGAAGACCUGGUGCCUACUUACUUUCCAUGUAAAACUGGAGUACAGAAAAGGGGAAACUGCUGCCACAAAAAGCCUAUGCCAGUUCUGAAUGUAUAUUCAGGUCCUUUCCAGUUUCAAAAUACAAUUAAAUUUACUGGGAAACAAACCCUUUACUCUUAGUACAUUUUAUUAUACCAUGGGCCUGAAAACUAAAAGGGUGAAUAGCAUAUAUUUGCUCCAAAAACUCAUGGAUUGAGUUUUCUAGAAGAGUGAUUUUACUUCAAUGGUUUGCCUGCUUCUAUAAUCCAGAAAUUACUGUCUCAAUUUCACUUUUUCAAACAGGGUGUGGAUUAUUAUUAUUUUGACUGGAGGCUUUAUCUGAGAAUCCAUCUAUAGUUAACUAGCAGAUAUUUGAUGAGAAGUGCUCAGUUUGAGUGUUCAAACUGAGAGUAGAUGUGCCUGUCUUUAAAUGUGGCAGGAGUUUCAUGAGUGUUUUUCUUUUGUAUGUGUCAUGUGUCUGUGCUGUAUUAAAUAAAGAGGAAUGUACAUACA